AUGAGGAAUCGCUUGUUUCUAGGGUCUUCAAACCGGCAUAAGAUUGCCCUGGUGACCGCGAUUCUGACUAUAUUCAUCCUUUUCAACACUUUGCCCUCACCAAUAUCCAAGCUAGACCCCCACACCGAUAAGUCAUACGGGGAAGACCGACCGCGAUACCUUCACCAGUCUACCUUUCGCACAAACCCAGACUAUGAAUAUGAGGUCAAGAUCUCUAAUGCGCUACGCGCUAUCGAGAUAGAAAGGGGAAUGCGCCAUGAUGAGGAUGCGGCAGACACAUUGUGGCAAAUUAUGCUACCAGGCGCUAUCACCCAACGGAGCGACGAUUCAAUCCAAUUCGAGAAGAAGAACUCCGAAUGGAGGUACAAACUUGUACAAGCUGAUUGGGCCCACAAAUUCAUUCACGAAACUCUCGAAUCCGUCCCAGAAAUCGCCCGGCUCUAUGAAUCAUACCCGCACUCCGUUCACCGCGGUGAUCUUCUCCGCUACUUGAUUCUAUGGUACUACGGUGGCUACUAUGCAGACCUCGACGUAUACCCCGCACGAAGCAUCAAAUCCUGCCCCUCACUGCGCGACUCAGUCUUCAAAGACAAUAGAAUCAAUGCAAAUAUCUCGUUAGUCGUUGGAAUUGAGAUCGAUGAGCCUUUCGCUUCGCCACAGAAGAUGCGCGACUGGCACUGGGCCCGGCGCUACGGCUUCAUCCAGUACACAAUGUAUGCACCACGACGGUUCAGCCCACUACUGAGGGAGAUCAUCGCCAGGGUACUGUCCCAUACAAAGCAACGUUUCGACGAGAGUUAUUUCUGGAGUGGGGGAUAUAACGAAAUGGAUACGCUGGAGAUUACCGGUCCGGGCGUGUUUACAGAUGCUAUUCUCGAUGUGCUAUCGGAUGCAUUGCCGUCUACCCACCGGUUGGUUCAGCAGUCUAUGGAGGCAGACGCUGGGCUCUCAGAUUCAUCUGUACGGCGUGUGACUUGGGCGCCCUUCCAUGGGAUUCAAGAACCACUCUGUGUUGAAGGUCCCGAAGCCAAACCUGGCAAGCAUUUGGGAGGACUGUGUGUUCUGCCUGUCAACGCGUGGGGCAAUGGACAGCGGCAUUCUGGAGCGGAGAACUUCCACAGUCAGCAAGCUUGUAUUAACCAUCGGUUUGGAGGGACCUGGAAGCCUUGGAAACAAAGCUGGCAGAAGUAUCUCUUUGGUUAA